AUGGCUCCACCAACAAAGACUCAUUCAGUCUCGUCUGAAGAAUCAUUCACUAAAGUUGAUCAAAGUACCACUAUUGAAAAAAAGCAACCAUUCGUUGCUCCUGAUAAUACCAAGAUCUUGGAAUAUACUCCAUUAGAUCAAAUCCCCAUUGGAGUUCAAAAAUUAAAGGAUGCCUUCCAUACUACUCAAAAGACUCAUUCAGUUCAAUAUAGAUUAAAUCAAUUAAGAAAUGUCUAUUUCAAAAUUAAAGAUAAUAUUGAUGAAAUUUGUGAAACUUUAGAACUUGAUUUUUAUAGAUCAGCUUCUGAAACAAAGAAUUUAGAAAUCGUUAUUGGUUUAAAUGAAUUGGUUCAUACCAUGAGUAGUUUACAUAAAUGGGUUAAACCUGAACCCGUCACUGAUUUACCUGUUUCAUUACAAACUAAUCCAAUUUAUAUUGAAAAAAUCCCUCUUGGUGUCGUUUUGAUUAUUUCUCCAUUCAAUUAUCCAUUCUUAUUAUCUUUAUCAGCUAUCAUUGGCGCACUUGCUGCAGGUAACGUAGUUGUUUUCAAACCAAGUGAAUUGACUCCUAAUUUUGCUAAAUUAUUCACUCGAUUAUUAUCUGAAUCCCUUGAUGAAGAUAUUUUCUUCACUAUUAAUGGUGGUAUUGAUGAAACUACCAAAGCUUUAGAACAAAAAUAUGAUAAAAUCAUGUAUACCGGUAACAAUUUCGUUGGAAGGAUCAUUGCUAAAAAGGCUGCUGAAACUUUAACCCCUGUGAUUUUAGAAUUAGGUGGUAAAUCCCCUGCUUUUGUCUUAAAUGAUGUUAAAGAUUCAGAUAUCCCUGUUAUUGCCAGAAGAAUCAUUUGGGGUAGAUUCACUAAUGGAGGUCAAACUUGUGUGGCUGUUGAUUAUGUUUUAGUUCAUGAAUCAAUCCAUAAGAAAUUAGUCGAAGAAAUUAAACGUAUUAUUGACGAAGAAUUUUAUGCUGAAUUCAAAACCUUGGAUAAUUCCGAUGAUUCAUCUACUAUUACUCCAAGUUAUACUCAUGUCAUUCAUGAUCGUGCGUUUAAAAACUUAUCCAAUAUCAUCACUACCACUAAAGGGGAUAUCAUUACUGGAGGUGAAGUUAAUUCCACCACAAGAUUCAUAAGUCCAACUGUGAUUGAUAAUGUUUCAUGGGAUGAUUCCUCCAUGAAAGGAGAAAUCUUUGGUCCAAUCUUACCAAUCAUAAAAUAUUCCAAUUUAUCUACUGCAUUGGAUGACUUAAUAAGUAGUGGUCAUGAUACUCCAUUAGCUCAAUAUAUCUUCACCAGUGGUAAGACUUCUAGAAAUUCAAACCCUCAAGUUAAUCAAGUUGUAACUAAAAUCAGAUCAGGAGCCACCAUGAUCAAUGAUGUAGUGUUACAUGUUGGUUUAGUCAAUGCUCCAUUUGGUGGAGUAGGUAAUUCCGGAUAUGGAUCCUACCAUGGUAUUUAUUCCUUCCGUGCCUUUACUCAUGAACGUACAACCUUUGAACAAAAAUUAUGGAAUGAUACGGCUUUAAAAGCAAGGUAUCCUCCUUAUAAUGAUAAAAAGAAUAAAUUAAUUGAAACUUCCCAAACUAGUUAUGCUGGUAAUGUUUGGUUUGGUAGAACUGGUGAUGUUAGAAUCAAUGGUCCAAAUUCAAUCUUUAGUGUUUGGUAUGGAUUUGUAGGUGUAACUAAAUUAGUUAAUGAUUUAAUUAAUGCUCUUUAA